GCUCAAAAAGCUUAAGGGGAGGAAGAAUAACGACAUUCUUGCGAUCGAGGGACCAAACCCUAGUUCAGUCCUCCUCUUCGUGUCCUCGCAUCGACAUGAGCUACUCCCAAUCCCUUCUUUUCGAAUUAAUUUUGCUUCCCUUGUUUCCUUUCUCCAUCAUCGGAUCCAUGAUCUGUUGUUUGUGAGUUUUAUUCUCGAUUUUUAUAAGGAAAGAGGAAGAAAAAGGAAAGAAAAUGAUGAGUAAUGAUGUGAAGACGAAGGAGGUUCAAGCUCCAUCCAAUUCCGUGUCAUCCGUCACCGCUUCUUCCACCCUUCAGCGAGAUCGCUUCCCUGAUCGAGACCGGCGCAUAUGCUAAGGAGAUGCGGCGGAUCGUGCGGGUGGUGCGGCUCCCCAUGAUGCUCCACCGUAUCUGCCUUCUUUAAUUAGCUAUACCCUUGCCCCGGGUCUGAGGCGGCUCUCCUCCCAUCUUCCAAAGGUGUUGGUAGCGAAAUGGUUGGGACCGAAGAAACCAUUUUUAUCUGGGCGUCCUGCUUCUAGAGGGUUUGCUGGGUUUCCAAAUGUAUUUUGGAGAAGGCUUCGGAUCAGGUUGGGUACCAUGCAAUGAGAGAGGCAUUUGUUGGUUUUUCACUUGGACUUCCUCUUCUAAAGCUUGCAUCAAAUGGAGACCGUUGAGGAUGUCGUGAUCAUCGGUGCCGGAAUAGCGGGGCUAGCAACAGCUUUGGGACUCCAUAGGAUGGGAGUGAGAAGCCUGGUGUUGGAGUCGUCGGACUCCCUGAGGGCGGCGGGUUUCGGGCUUGCCACAUGGAACAAUGCUUGGAGAGCGCUAGACGCGCUUGGGGUAGGUGACUCUCUCCGGCAGAGUCAUGUCCGCCUACAGGGAGCGACCGUUGCUUCUGCAACUUCUGGAGCUACGACAUCACAGUUGACAUUUACGACACAAGGGAAAAGUGGAGAGCAUGAAGUUCGUUGCUUAAGGAGGAAUAUACUAUUGGAAACCUUAGAAAAGGAGCUACCACUUGGCACGGUUAGAUACUCUUCCAAAGUUGCUGCAAUUGAGGAGGAUGGCUACUUUAAGCUCCUGCAUUUGGCUGAUGGUUCUACCCUCAAAACUAAGGUCUUGAUAGGUUGUGAUGGAGUGAACUCAGUGGUAGCAAAAUGGCUGGGUCUAAAAAAACCAGCAUUCACAGAGCGUUCAGCCUCAAGAGGUUUUACUGAGUUUCCAAAUGGCCAUGGUCUCAAACUCGAGUUUGUGCAAUACUUUGGAGAGGGCUUUCGUACAGGUUUAUUGCCUUGUGAUGAGAAAACUAUUUAUUGGUUUUUUACGUGGAUUCCCUCUGAGCAAGAAAAGGAAGUGGAGCAAAGUGCAACAAAAAUGAAACAAUAUAUAUUGAGUAAGUUGAAGCAUUCUAGCGUACCAGAAGAAUUUAUACACAUCAUAGAGAUAAGCGACCUUAGUAAUCCGGUGUCAGCUCAAUUGAGAUACAGGUGGCCAUUUUCUUUAUUGUGGGGGGAUAUAAGUAAAGAAAAUGUUUGUGUGGCCGGAGAUGCAUUUCAUCCUAUGACUCCUGAUUUAGGUCAAGGAGGUUGCUCGGCACUUGAAGAUAGCAUUGUUUUGGCCAGAUGCUUAAGUGAAGCUCUUUUGGGGGAGCACAAUGGAGGAGCUGAAGUAGAGUAUGACAAAAUUGAGAAGGGCUUGGAGAAGUAUUCUAAAGAAAGGAGAUGGAGGAGCUUUAAGUUGAUUGCCACAGCUUAUGUCGUGGGUCGUAUACAACAAAGUAAUGGUGCAAUCAUUGGUUUCCUCAGGGAUAAAUUUUUGUCUAGGAUAAUGGCUAGGUUGCUCUUAAAAAUAGCAGAUUUUGAUUUUGGGAAACUCUAAAGCUAUUAAUGUUGAGUUCUUUUAUGUCAUGAUGUAAUUGAAGUGUGGGAGAAUUAUUAUUUGGUAUUUAAUUUAUGCAACAGAAUUCGUAUAAAAACCUCCUUUAUGGAGCAUCGGUAGGUCAAUCCAUGAGCCUAAAUUUAUAUUGUUUCAAAUUUGAUCACAUUGACAUGCUUAA